AUGCACCACAAUGUAUUCACUGAUCAUCAUCACGCACCCAUAAUCUUGGCGUCGUAUGGAGCCACUGCAAUCUUGUGUUUCAAUGCGUCGCAGGUCCCACUUGCUCAACCGCGCAACAUCUUGUUGGGACAUUUCAUAAGUUCAACUAUUGGAAUGAGUAUUCAGAAAUUGUUUAGUUUGAGUCAUGGUGGCAGGCUGAAUUAUUGGGCUAGUGGUGCAUUGAGCGUCGCUGUGAGUUCGGUGGUCAUGGCAAUUACAAAUACGAUCCAUCCGCCAGCUGGGGCUAGUGCGUUGUUGCCGAGUAUCGAUGAGCAAGUGAGACUGAUGAGUUGGUGGUUCUUGCCGGUGCAAUUGGUGAGUUCGGUGUUAAUUAUUGCCGUGGCUUUGAUUACUGGGAAUGUGGUUCGGAUGUAUCCGGUGUACUGGUGGAGUCCGGGUGCUGGGAAAAUUGUACAACAGAAAACAGUGCCAGUUGAAAAAGGGGAGAAGGAGAAAAAGGAGGUUGAGGGGGUGAAAAAAGAUGACGAGCUGUAUGUUGCGCCAUUUGUCGGGAGUGGGAAUGAGAAUGGGAAUGGGAAUGAGAAUGAGAAUGAGAAUGAGAGUGGUCAAGGUAGAGGUGGUCCUGCAUUAUCAAAGACACAGCUGCGGUUCACAUUGACUGGGGAAGGAAUAGAUGAAGUGGCCAAUGCCAAACAAAUUACAAUCUCAGUUACAUCAAUAGUAGUUCCGGAAAAUAUCGAAUUGGAUGAAGUUGAAGUUGAUGUGCUCAAAUCACUACAACAGAAAAUAAUGAACCUUGGAGAAGAAUCCACUUCGUCAACCUCAUCCAAAACCAAAAUGCAAAAAGUAGAGAACAUUGUCUGA